GCGCCACAUCGACAUCGGUACCAGCGUUGUAAAGAGAAAAUGGCGGCGCCCACAGAAGACGACAGCAUGGGAUCCACAGCACGUAGUCUCGAUUCCGACCAAGUGCAUGUGGCCAAAUGCCUCGAAGAAUUUGAAUCAUGCACGAAGAAACCGGAAACAUUUCUCGAAGUCCAGCUGGAGGUGGCGGAAACAAUGAAGAGGUUAACAAAGGAUCUGUACGAUGUCAUGGACCAGUGGAAAGGCAAGACAGUUUCCUCAUCCAAAACAGAACUGCCGUCACUGGUUGUUGACAACUUCGACGACGAACAGAUCUGGCAGCAACUGGAACUGCGAAACACUCGCCUGGUGAAAGACCUCAUUUCGUCGGUGUCCCGAGUGGCAACCAAGUCUAGCAUUAGCUUCGGCGUAGACUUGGGUAAGCAGGAAAGUCAACAGAGGCCCGAGAAGCAUUACCCAGGUGAAAUUGACAAGUUGGAUCUCGCGGACGUCGCUGCGGAAGAGGAAGAUGACGAGGACGAUGACUUUGACUUAUCGGAUGCGUCUGAAGGUGAUGAAGACUCUGAAGAGGAAGCCGAUGAUGACGGGGCUGAUGGCAGUGAGCAGGGACAAGCACGAGAUACACAACCGUCGUCUAUCGUCGAUGACGCGUUCUUCCGUCUUGCCGACAUGGAAGCGUUCGCCGAUAGGGAAGAAAAGGUCGCGAAUGCUCCAGGAAGCGAUUCAGACGAGGACGACGACAUUGAUUAUUUUCGUGAGCUUUCGUCAGACGAAGACGAUCCAGAAGAAAAGGGUGGCCGCAAUGCUACGUACAAUGACUUUUUCGAUCCCCCUGCCUCCAUGCCUGACAGCAAAAAUGCUAAGAAUGCCGACAAGGCUGCCACAAGGACUAAUGGACACAGAGAUACUAACCAGAACAGCACAGCAAAAGACGAUGUUCAGAAGUCAUCUUUCGAGCAAAGCCAAGAAUUCAUAAAGAAAAAGAUUAAGCAGUUUGAAGAACGAAACCUUGAGCCGCGGCCAUGGCGACUCCAAGGAGAGGUAGAAGCUACCGCAAGACCUGAGAACAGCCUGCUGCAAGAGCACAUCCAGUUCGAUCAUGCGACUAGGCAGCCUGUUGCGAUCACCGAUGAGACUACAAAGUGCCUAGAGGAUGUACUCCAGAGGAUACGUGACAAGGCCUGGGAUGACGUGGAACGAAAGACUAGACCAACGGAAGGAACCGUUGAGCUACGCCGACGUGUCACACUUGACCAAGAGAAAAGCAAGCUCAGCUUAGCCCAGGUUUACGAGCAGCAGUUUCUUGACAAGCAAAAGGCCGCAGAUGAGGAUGCACUUCCCAAAGAGGAACCUGCUCAUGUUGAGAUUCGAACAGCCAUGCGGGACCUGUUCACGAAAUUGGAUGCAUUGUCCAACUUCCACAUGAUGCCGAAGCCUGUUUCAGCUGAGGUGAAGGUGGUUAGCAAUCUUCCGUCAUUGAGCGUUGAAGAGGUGACCCCUGUAGGAGUGAGCGAUGCUUCCCUUCUGGCACCUCAGGAGGUCAAGACCAAGCCAAAGGGAGAGCUUGUUUCCAAGGGUGAGAGGACCCGCACACAGAAGAGAGAGCGGAGGCUGAAGAAGGCUCUCCAGAAACGCCGAGCCGCCAAGGCUAAUAACAAGGCUGGCAAGGUCACUGAAGAAAAGAGGAAAGUGAUCAAGGCAACGAACACAGAACUUGCCAAGCCUGUCAAAGGUGCAAAAUCAGCCAAGGGUGCUAAAGCCGUCAAGGGAAAAAGUGACAAGUGGGCAGAGAAGAGCCUUUCCUCGUCGAAGAAGUUCUUCGAACGGCUUCAGGAUCAAGUUACGUCUGCUGUUGCACCAGCAAAGAAAAAAUGAAAAAGAAAGAUGCUGUUGUUGCUGCUAAUUUUAAGUUGUAAAUACAUGUAUAUAAUAUCCA